CAUGAAGACAGUUAGUCGCGGGACUUCGCAGAGGCUUGGUGCGAGCGCGAACGGAGUUUAUUCCCGGCAGAGCGCUUCGAAGGGUGCUUGGCCCGAGGUCGGCGCACGGAGGGGGUAGCCCCUGUCGUUACUGCCGCGGCGUCCCCCGAAUCAGUCCGCUUCACUGCAUCCCCACCGCCUCUGCCGCCUCACUCCCGGGGUCGUCUCCAAAUUGUUCACCCCCAAUUAGGGAACGUCGUGUACUAAAAGGGCUUCCAAGGACAAGGUCUGGGUCGAAAGGAGAAGAACUAUGUCUCAGGAAGGCGAUUAUGGAAAGUGGACAAUAUCCAGUAGUGAUGAAAGUGAAGACGAAAAGCCAAAACUAGACAAGCCCUCUACUUUUUCCCUCCCUCAUGCUGGGCAGGGAGCAGCAAAUGAGCCAAGAUACACCUGUUCAGAGGCUAGGAAAGCUGCCCAUAGAAGGAAAAGAUCACCCGUGAAAUUCAGCAACGCAGAUUCAGUUUCAGAAGUUUCACCUCCCAAAAGGCAAAGGAGUGGUUCCCAGGAAGACCUAGGUUGGUGUCUCUCUAGCAGCGAUGAUGAGCUGCAACCAGAAACCCGGCAGAAGCAGGCUAAGAACAUUGUGGUCAAAGAGGAGAGAGGCAUCUCUUCUAAAGACAGUGCUGCCCAAAGACCUGGAAAUCCCACCCCUCCUGCACACCACAGGCUCGAGGACGAGGACGAGGAAGAGGAGUAUGAAACUUCAGGGGAAGGCCAAGACAUUUGGGACAUGUUGGAUAAAGGGAGCCCCUUCCGAUUUUACCUCACUAGAGUCUCGGGCAUUGAGCCAAAGGAUAACUCUGGAGCCCUCCACAUCAAGGAUAUUUUAUCCCCUCUAUUUGGGACACUUCUGUCUUCAGCUCAGUUUAACUACUGCUUUGAUGUGGACUGGCUCAUAAAACAGUAUCCACCACAGUUCAGGAAGAAACCAAUCCUGCUUGUGCAUGGAGAUAAACGAGAAGCCAAGGCUCACUUACAUGCCCAGGCCAAGCCUUAUGAAAACAUCUCCCUCUGCCAGGCAAAGUUGGAUAUUGCAUUUGGAACACACCACACGAAAAUGAUGUUACUGCUGUACGAAGAAGGCCUCCGGGUUGUCAUACAUACCUCUAACCUCAUCCGUGCUGACUGGCAUCAGAAGACUCAGGGAAUAUGGUUGAGCCCCUUAUACCCACGAGUUGUCCACGGAACCCACGGAUCUGGAGACUCGACAACACAUUUUAAAGCCGAUCUUAUCAGCUACUUAAUGGCUUAUAAUGCUCCUUCUCUCAAGGAGUGGAUAGAUGUUAUCCACGAGCAUGAUCUCUCUGAAACCAAUGUUUAUCUUAUUGGAUCAACCCCAGGACGCUUUCAAGGAAGUGAAAAAGAUAAUUGGGGACAUUUUAGGCUUAGGAAGCUUCUGAAAGAGCAUGCCUCAUCCAUACCUAAAGGAGAGUCUUGGCCAAUAGUAGGUCAGUUUUCAAGCAUUGGCUCUAUGGGAGCUGACGAAUCAAAAUGGUUGUGUUCGGAGUUUAAAGAAAGCUUGGUGACCCAGGGGAAGGAGAGCAGGACCCCAGGGAAAAGUGCUGCUCCCCUCCAUCUGAUCUACCCUUCUGUGGAAAAUGUGCGGACUAGCUUAGAAGGCUAUCCCGCUGGUGGCUCUCUUCCCUAUAGCAUCCAGACAGCUGAAAAGCAGAAUUGGCUCCACUCCUAUUUUCACAAAUGGUCGGCUGAGACAUCUGGCCGCAGCAAUGCUAUGCCACAUAUUAAAACUUAUAUGAGACUAUCUCCAGACUUCAGUCAAAUUGCCUGGUUCCUUGUCACAAGCGCGAAUCUGUCCAAGGCCGCCUGGGGAGCAUUAGAGAAGAAUGGUGCCCAGCUGAUGAUCCGUUCCUAUGAGCUUGGGGUCCUUUUCUUGCCAUCAGCAUUUGGCCUGGACAGCUUCAGAGUAAAACAGAAAUUCUUCUCAGGGAGCAAGGAGCCAACAUCCUCCUUUCCUGUGCCAUAUGAUCUUCCUCCAGAACUGUAUGGAAGUAAAGAUCGGCCAUGGAUUUGGAAUAUUCCUUAUACCAAAGCACCAGAUACACACGGGAAUAUGUGGGUUCCCUCCUGAGAAUCUUAAAGUACUGUGGAAUUUAGGUUUAAGGCAUCAAGCCCCAAAUAUUAGAUGUUGUUUGUACUGGACGUUCACCCUUAAGUUUUAUCUACACCCCUACAAAACUGCAAAAGUCACUCCUGUGAACAUGGACGCUGGUUAUACUUUUAACGGUCAUUAACAGUGUCACUAAAAAAAAAAAAAAACAAAAAAAACUCUUCUAAACUUUGGAAUGAAA